AAUACACGGAUUCAAUGGCCACCCUUCACAAGUUCAAGCUUCUCGCAACUCAAUGUGCACUAGCCGGAAGCCCCACCCAAAGUCCUACAACCAGCCCUGUAAUCCACCUCCGCCGCCGGAAGACACUUCGCAUGCUUCUCUCUCGCUCCGCUGAUCACCACCGCCGCAGGCUUUCCCGUCACGAUGACCAGCCCGAGCUCCAGAAAGAUCCCCCGGAAAAUAAGAGAGUUAGGAGGAAAUUGAAGGACUUGUUCGUGUCGUCGUCGCCUCCGUUUGAAGACGAAGAGAAGGAUCAUCCGGAGGAUGCUGAUGGUGAAGUAGAGUUAUUACCGGUUACUGAUAGUCGUGAUGGCAGUGGUGACGGUACCGCUGGAAGUUUUGGAGUUGCAGGUUUCGCUGCUGGGCGUGUUGGAGGUGGCUCGCUGAGACCAGUCUCGGGUACGUUCAGGUAUAGGUUACGGAGGAGAGCUUGGCGACCUGUGCUGGUAACCAUCCCUGAGUAGCGAAAUAAAUUUCCAAUUUUACUAAUUUCGUAAAGCAUUUAAAAAUUAGGAUUCUCAUCUUUAUAUUAAUAUUUAUUUCGUAAUUUUUUGUGUAAAAAAAAUUUAUAUAAUUUCGAAGAAAAAACCAUAGGUGGUAAUUCCAUUCC